CACGCCGGCCGGUCUCCAUCGUCGUCGGUUUCUGCGAGCUGCUGACGGACAGCCACCGGAAGCGCGUCAGAUUCGCGCAACAGCGCCGCGUUCUCGAGUCGUCACCGUGAGAGACGGACAGACAGACAGACAGACAGACAGACAGACAGAGACAGCGAGUGAGACCGCACACACAGUCGUCGCCUAUCCGCGGAUCGAGCGGCUCGCAGUCGGCUAGUCGAGAGGCGCGAGGAAGCCAACAGCGGGAAACAAAAGAAGGUGUCAGCCCGAUCGAGGACCGAUCUCGUCGCAGAAAUCGCCCGAAAGGACCUCCGUGCUCUCUCGUCCUCGUGUUCCUGCCUCUCGCGUGUGCAGCCCGUGACCCACGCGCGACCCGCGCCGUGUUCUCUCUCUCUCUCUCGUGUCCGCGAGCUCCAGCCAAGAUACCGCGCGUACCGUGUCCCGGCGUGGACCAGCCAUCGUCGUCUCGAUCAUCGUCUACGCUCUCCGAGAAACAACGGACGCCUUCCUUCAGGUCCCCCGAAAAGUCGACCGAAAAUCCGCCGAGAACUUUCACCACGUCGUGUAUCGCUGGUAUCAACCGCGCCGUUUACCGCUCCAUCCGACCGUCCAUCCCGCGCAUCACGUUCUCCAGCUCGCGAUCCUCGUGAUCUCGGUGUCGUGUCGCGCGCGCAUCUCUUCUCUUCGCUCUCUCCCAUCAGCUCUCACGGGGUCCACGUAGGCCCCGGAUCUACGACGAGGUCAGUACUCGAAGCCGGGUACGCGAGUCCGCGCGCGCACGCGCACCGAAUUGUCGCCGUUGAGUCCGACACACGUGACCGAACCGCGAAUUCGGUGGAAGCCGGCAUCGUAGCGUCAAGCAGAAGCAGCGAGCAGCCAGCCACCAUGUCGAAGCUCUACGUGGGCAAUCUGCCGUCAGAUUGCAACGAGAGCACCCUCAGGCAGCUCUUCCAGGAGCACAGCCUGGCGUGCACCACGAUCCUGGUGAAGCGCGGCGGCUACGCCUUCGUCGAUUGCGCCGAUCAGUCCACAGCCGAUCGGGCGAUCGACAAGCUGAACGGAUACACUUACCUCGGAUCUUCGCUUGUGGUGGAGCCGUCCGUAGCCAGCGGAGCCAAGAAACGGGGUAGCGGCACCGCCCUACCAGAAUCUCCGGUCGACCAGGUCGGCAACGGAUGGAGCAGCAGCGGCACCGCCAAGACCCUAGUGAGCAAUCUGCCGCCCCAGACCCGGUUGGAGGAUCUCGAACAGUUCUUCUUGAGCUACGGCCCGGUACAGAACGUCGAGAAAGUGCCGACGCGAGACUCCAACACGCAGACCGUCAUCGUCAGCUAUGAGACGCAAGACCAGGCACAACAAGCCUUGAGUCAGUUGAAUGGAUACAAUUACGAAGGCCACACGUUGAAAGUUGAGAUGUCAUCGGCAGAGAGCCGACGAAGAGGCCGCAGCCAACGCAGCGGCGGCGUCGCCUUUUCCGGCUUACCCGGCUCAGGACGUCAAACAGAUUUUCCGUUACGCAUUCUCGUUCAGUCAGACAUGGUUGGUGCGAUAAUUGGUCGUCAAGGAUCGACUAUCCGCCAGAUUACCCAAGUGUCUCGCGCCCGUGUCGAUGUGCAUCGCAAGGACAACGUUGGUUCUUUGGAGAAAGCCAUUACCAUUUAUGGCAAUCCAGACAACUGCACCAACGCUUGUAAGAAGAUUUUGGAAGUGAUGCAGCAAGAAGCGAAUAACACGAACAAAGGUGAAAUCACCUUGAAAAUCUUAGCGCAUAACAAUCUUAUUGGACGAAUUAUCGGCAAGGGCGGAAACACAAUCAAGAGAAUCAUGCAGGACACUGACACAAAGAUCACUGUCAGCAGCAUCAACGACAUUAACAGCUUCAAUCUGGAGCGUAUAAUCACGGUUAAGGGCACAAUCGAGAACAUGAGCAAGGCUGAGUCCAUGAUCUCUAGUAAACUACGUCAAAGUUAUGAGAAUGACCUGCAAGCCAUGGCCCCACAAAGCAUGAUGUUCCCUGGUCUACAUCCCAUGGCUAUGAUGUCGACUGCUGGAAUGGGCUACAGCUCUCGUGGACCAGGUCUUUAUGGUUCUGGGCCAGCUCCGUAUCCAUAUCAAGGCAGUCUUCAAACGCAACAGGGCGUCCCAGCCAGUGACACUCAGGAAACGACCUUUCUUUACAUUCCCAACAACAGUGUCGGCGCCAUUAUUGGCACGAAGGGCUCGCACAUACGCAACAUCAUCAGGUUCUCCGGCGCUAGCGUGAAGAUCGCGCCGCUUGAGCAAGACAAACCGGCCGAGCAGCAAACCGAGAGAAAGGUCACUAUCGUGGGAUCACCGGAGUCUCAAUGGAAGGCUCAAUAUCUGAUCUUUGAGAAGAUGCGUGAAGAAGGCUAUGUCUCUGGUACUGAAGACGUGAGAUUGACCAUCGAGAUUCUCGUGCCCAGUGCCCAGGUUGGAAGAAUUAUUGGUAAAGGCGGUCAGAAUGUAAGGGAGUUGCAACGUGUGACUGGGAGCGUCAUUAAAUUGUCGGAGCAACAGGCCACUCCUCCCUCAGCUGACGAGGAGACCACCGUCCAUAUCAUUGGCCCCUUCUUCAGCGUUCAAUCGGCACAGAGAAGAAUCCGCGCCAUGGUCUUACAAUCGGGCGCUCCUAGCGGAAGCGGCGCUGCUGGCUCGCGUGCUGGUCGCGGUAGCAGCCAAGAAGGUGCUUCCCGUUCACGAAGAGACGGCAGUGUCACUUCCCAAGGCGGCACGCCGUCGCAGUCCAGCACUCAACAGCAACCAAGCGGCUCGCCAUCUAGCCAGGACCAACAGCCGCAGCAACAACCGCCACAGCCGCAGCAAUCGCCACAGCCGCAGCAACCACAACAGAUGCAGCAGCCGCAGUCGCCGGCACAACCGCCGCAGACGCCUCAGUAACGUUGAUGACACCCAACCGACGCCGACCGACGCCACACACGCCUAUCCGUUUUAUUCGCCGGAGUGGCCUCGUCGUCGCCUUGACAUUCUCUCUCGUCGAGAGGCCGAGCUUAUCGCAAACCACCUCCUCUUCUCGCGGGGCGCGCGCUACCCUAACCCUACUCCCAAUCAGGGGAGGGUUCGAACGAGAGAGUGCGCGGCGCGCAGAUCGCGACAGGAAGACGCGCGCACGACAAUGUUCUGUGAAUUAACUCAGCGCUGUUCGGGAGAGAAAGAGGACGAAAUGAUCACCGCAUUAGAUUUGCGACUCUAGCUCCGCGAAUUAAUUCCGAGGGUUUCCGAAGCCUGCGGCUCGCCUUCCUAUGUGAGCCUGCGGACGGCCAAUUCUUAGGGACGGUUUGAGGAUUCUAAAUGCGAUGAGUCAACCGAACGGAACUCUUAGGGGUUAAUUCGUACAGCUCCCAGAGAGAGACACAGUUAGAGCUGACAUAUAAAGACAGUUUAGCGCCAAGAGUUAAUUCUCAGAACUUGAACGAGGCCUUUGAUUCUAAAGAAUUCAAGGGCUUGAUUAGAACGGUUAAUUUAAAGAGUCAACGAUGCCAGGCCCUCCGUUUGGUUUGGCUCGCUGCGCGGCUGCCACGGUCGACCUUUCCUGCCAACUCGCGCGGUAAAUACAUUUGUAACUCGCUAAUGGGAACGUUUCAUCGCGAGGUCGAUCGUGGCACUUGGUUGGUGGUCGCGAGAUCGGACUCGCGACUCUCUCUCUCACGAUAAAAUAAACACCAAAUAGAUAGAAAGACCGACCACAGGAACGAAGCGUGUUCGCCAUGCGCCAAACGGAGGUGCGCGCCUGGUGAAUUAUCUGUCUUGUCUAGACAGGUAAAACAGCGCUAUGAAUACUCGAUUGUUCUUGUUGGCGAGGACCAACGUCGUUUUCCUCUCCGCUCUGCGCAUUGCGUCUUCAAACCCCACCGCACACGAACUCGUUCGCGUCUGCACCCCGCGACAGCGACGAAGCGACAGGCGCACGACCCGAUUUCACAGCGCUAACGAAACCACCGCCGCCGAUGAAAUAGGAUAAGACGACGAGAACAAACUGAUAAAGAAAGAGGAUAAAAUGGAUAAAAUCACAACCUUAUUACCUCAUUGCAUUACGGUUAAAGAUUUAAUAACGAUAGAGGAAAUGAAACGCGCGAUAAACCGAUUAAUCUAAAAAAAAGUCUAUCUAAUAUUAAAGUUAUUAAUAAUAUACAAAGAAGUUUAGUAACAAUUACGUUACGUAAUAUGGUUAUAUUACGUUAUACUUGUUACUACUGCAACUACUACUACCAUUAAUACUAUUAUUAUUAUCUACUCUAUUACUAUUAUCGCUAUAAUACUAUUUACUUACUUCUUAUUAUAUAGUACUACAGGAGGAAAGCGGUUUUUCUUAACAAAAAAGCAAAAAACACAAAGCUAGGUACAGUUUUUUAUACCAGAUUUCAGAGACACUGAACGAUUAAUACGAAGACUUGAAAAAAAAUAAUAUCGAGACCGUGGACCGCGGAACGGCAUACCCGUUUCCCGGUCGUUAGACCAGCAAAGCCAGGAUGCUUCGAGAGAAGAGGAGAAGACAAGUGAGCCUCCCCCGCGCACCCCAACCCGCCCCUCCUCGCACCACGUAAUACCAAAGAAGAAGCGACUAUGAGUUUUUUCGUAUUAGUGAAGUGAAAUGCGUCGUGCACGCUCUAUUCGCCUCAAGUUCCUCACCAAGAGCCACGAGAGUGAGAGAGAGGGGUCAGACCCGCCAAUCCGGGAGGGGAGAGAUCGACGAGUGGUCAUCGGGAUGUCGAAAACAGCGCCGACGAGACAUCGAGUCGCUUGGCAGAUGAGUGAUGAUUGAUGACGACGAAGACAAGGAGAGAAGAGAUGAGGAAUCGGAAGAGGAGACGAGAGUCCGCGAGCAGCGUUGUAUCGGAUCGGUAAUACGAUCGGUACGGACGCCGUUUUGUGCUAAGUUUCUAAGGAACGUUACUAAAGAACGUUUCGAGGACACGAGGAGAGUGAAAAGGAAAGAGAGGAUGAAAGAAAGAGAGAGAUAAAAAAGGUGAGAGAGAGAGAGAAAGAGCGACUGUCGGUAACGUGAAGAAUAGCGAGCGAGAAUGAGAGAGAAUGAGAGAAAGCGCGAACGAGGAAGAAGGUAUGAGAGAGAGAGAAAAAGAAAAAGGAAAGAGACAAACCGGGAUUUACAAAUCGGUUGAGAAAAUUUUUACUUUAUCAGGAAUGUAAUAGUGUGUGAGUGUGCGUGUGUUGAUUAAUAAUUAUUGAUAAGUAAUUGAUUACUAAUUAGGAAUUAAACGACGAAGUAAAAGGCGGACAAAUUUAGGCUUAACGCGAUCGAAUUGAUGGGGGCAAGGGCGAGAUGAAGAGAGGGGAGCUUAGAUGAGGCGGCCAAGCGAGGAAUUACCGCGGGACGUUACGUCACUCGCGCUGUCCACUCUCGGCGCUCAUCUCGCGGGCGCUGCGUCGCCGACGAGCGUCGAGUGGAGUGCCUCCAGUGAGGGCGCGUCCUGACGAAAUUGCGAGCUCUGUAUUUUCUGCGAACCACAACUGUCAGAGAAACAGCGUGCACGAUCGGGCCGAGGCGUCCGAUCGUUAACAAGAGAGAAGAAAGAAGAAUGCGUAGGGCGCGAGCGAUUUCGAUCGGCGCGUCUCGAAUGUCGAGCGCGCGAGAUGUAUGAAACAAAGAAUAUCGGAUUCGAAGUAAAGAGUAAAUCGCCCUCCCCCGCAGAGAAGAGUUGUUAAGCGUGACCAACAAAAUUCAACAAACACGACGGACUAACACAGGCGCGCGGUCUCGCGCCGUCAGGCUGGACAGGUCGACUUAUCACCGGCGAUUAUUUAAACGAGAACACGUCGCGGAGAAGACUAACUUUCCACUCGAUCUUGUCAAGCUUUGUCGGCGCAAAACCGAGACCGCUCCACCGGCACGUGGGCCCUCAAACGGGCCCACGUUCGGCGACACGACGGGCCCGCCCUCGGGCCUGCCGGCUAACCUGGCAUUCGAUAUGUGUUUAGUACAAAAAAUACACAAAUAAGGCAAAACGAUUAUUAAGAGGAUCAGGGGGUAAAGAGAGGUAUAAUAUCGUGUUUAAUCAUUUUUGUUUUUUAUUUCUUUCGGGGAAGGCUGAGGACUGAGUUUCUGGAGUGUGCGUGCGCGCGCGCACGUUAUCCUGCGCAAGUGUCAUAAUCGAUUAGAUCCAGACUCCUCGCAGCGGGAAGUGGAGGCUACUCUCUCGUCGUAGUCGCGGUAGCUAAAUGCGAACGUCGAACGACGGUCCGCGCGUCCACGUCGAUCGAAUCUUGAAUCGCGGACGGUCUGGAGCCUGUGAUGCUGAUUUUCUGAGGACGAAGUUCACAGUAGCCAGCCCAGUUUACGGGGCCUGAAACGACGGCGGUGAGGCGAGAUGCAUCGGCAUUGGUGACGUUGGUAUUUAGCGCCGAAUGCGCGACGAGAUUACACGGCUUCCUCUUGCCUGCCCACUGUGCCGCGCGAGGGUGAAAGGCGUCGGGAAGACGUGCGCGCUAGCACGCUGAGUAAGGAAAGUACGAGGGAAAGUACGAGAGAUGCGAGAGACACAGGAUGAAGGGAAAAAGAAAAUGAGUCUGACACAGGAGGAAGAGAAUGAGUCUAGAUUUAUUUUUGAUAGAUUGUUAGAAGAACUUCAAGCGAAUUUUUCUUUUUCAAUGUCUUUUUUGUUAGAUGUUUUUUAAUAACUUAAUGAAUUUUAACGAUAUUAAGAGCGUGAGAAGAGAGGAUAUAGAGAGAAAAGAGUGAGAGGGAUAGGCGAAAAACAUUUCUUUUUAAUGUAAGAUAAGAGGGAGAGAGAGAGAGACAGAAAGAGGAAGAGAGAAGAGAAAGGAGAGGCGAAGCGGAGUGUUUUUCGCGGGAGAACAGAUAAGUUAACGUUAUAGAGGACAGAAAAGACGGAAAAAGAGGGAUAAGAAAGAGAGAGAAAGGGAAAGAGAGAUAGAGAAAAGAUUAGAGAUUAAUCGAGGGACUAAUCAGGGCGCGACGCGCAGCUUUUUUCGCUGCGCUCGCUCGCUUUUUGGGAUCGUGACAAAAAGGAGAUUUUUUAGCGGGGUUAAAUUUGUAUAAUAUAUUUAGUAAUAUAUUUUUUUCGAAGAUAUACGACGGUCGCGGCUCCGCUCGGCGAGGUCGUCGACGUCGCCCGGUACGGGAACCUCGUAGUUUUAUGCGAGGGACCCCACACCUAUCGUGUGUUACCCUUUACCUCGCCCGCGGACUCGCGCCCGACGCGCGAUUAUUUAUGAAGCGUAAAUAUUUAAACGACGAGAGAGAUAAAAAGUGAUAGUGAGAGAAGGAAGUUUGUAUUAAAGCUUGUAAAGAAAAAAAAACGAAAAAAAAAGAGGAAGAAAUUGCGAAACGGAAGGAAGUGCCAAGAGAUACGCACGUACAGUAACAUGGGCAGUAAACGAAAAAUCGACAUACAGCACAAAGCAGCAAUAGAUCGCAGAGUAAACAGCAGAACGAAAACAGGAACGAUGGAGAAAAAGAGAGAAAGAGGCGGAAAUUCAUCGCAAACAACGAAGCGCAGAAUACAGUCAAGAGAGAAGAAACAAGUAAGCAGUACAGAUGAAGGAAGCGAAAGAAAGAAAGAGAGGGAAAGCAACAAAAAAAAAGGAAAAACGAGAAGAAAAGUCAGGAGAACCCUCCUUUAUCCUCAUAGUCGAAAGAAUCAUUUACGCUACUUCAAGAUCGCUUUACGAUUUCCUUUUGGUCCACAAGCAUCGAAAUUCCAAGUCGUUGAGGAGAGAAUCGCCCAGAGAUCCGUCGUCGCCGGGGAGAGAUCCGCGGGGUACGACAGAGCACACCCCAGAGGACCUCGUCGAGCCGGUCUUCGACAUGGGCGAUGUUGCCUAUCCCACCCCCUAUUCGGAGUAUCGUCAAAUUGAAGAAACUAGACAUUCGCUCCGGGGAGAAACGAGGCGCGUUCAGCGUUUUAGAGAGAAACAAGUUUCCUUUGUGGACCUUGUAUUGAUCCGUCUGAUUUUUGUAUUAACAUAUGUACCGUAGAAUGUGUGCGUUAUACGUUGUCGGGAUGAGAUUGUGUAUAUCAAACUAUUUGGCACUUUGUAUUUGGAGGAAGGGGAAACAAAAAGUUCACCAAAAUCGGAAAAAUAUAAUAAUUGCUCGAAAACGCGGAUUAAGGUUUCAGAAUCCUAUCACUUUUUUUUUUUAUACGCCUCGCAGUGAGAAACGGAUACAGGUAACUCGUGAAAUCCCGCGAAAACGCGUUGCCCUCUUCUCCCCGUGGACGCGCAACGGUCCGCCCCCGCACGUGAAAUCGCACUUUUCGCUCGUUCAUCGAGACUUCGGACACUUUUCGUUGCGGCAAUUCUUUUCGACGGAUUACGGAUCAGACAAGGAAAGCACUCGGAUAAAUUGGAACAAAAUGAAGCAACUAAAUUGGAAGAGAAAUUCUGCUAAUGAGAACCGCACGCUUUUCAUUCGAGAAAGAAAAAGAGAAAGAGAAAAUAGAGACGGAGGGAUAACAGAUACGCGCACAGAGAGGCAGCCUCAUCGAUUGGGAAACAAAAGAAGGGAAACAUUGUUCGGCCGAUUCCUCAGCACUUGAGAAACGCUACGAAGAAAACAAAGGUAAAAAGGGAAAAAAAGAAAAGCGAAAAAAAACAAACGGAGAGAGAAAGUGAGAGACAAACCGCUCGCACGCUCGAGAGAAGAAGAAGAAAAUGUACAAAUCAAACAAAAAUAACAAAAAUGAAAACGCGAUGAUUGAAUAGAUAAAAUUAUUAAUAUUAAUAAUUAUAACUGAAAAGUGAAAAAGAUUUUUAACGUUAUAAAUUAUUGCGCGGGCUCGCGAGAGAGAAGAACGCGGAUUAGAGAGAAGCGAGAAGUAACUUAAUCUACUGGUAGAAAUACCGACAAACAAAUGUACAAAAUCAAGUUAUCGCUAAAUGUUAGUAUUCUAGAGUAUUUUACCGUCGGAAAAUCGCGCUUUACCGAUUUUAGGACGUAAAGAGGCGAGGAUUAUACUAAGCACGCAGCUUAAGCUAAGAUUGUACAUCCCGGCAGAUUAAGAGAGUUCGAGCACAAACGAGAAAAAAAAAUGAGAGAAAAAAAAAGAUGGAAAAUUAAGCGAAAAGCAAAAACCGCACACUAAUCGACCGCCAGGAUCCGUCGAGAAAAAGAGGACGGGAACAUAUAUAUACAUAUGUAUAUCAUCAUAACUAAUCGGAAGCAAAGGAAUUUUAAGGAAAAAUUAACGAAUCAGCGUCAGAAGAAGGCAAAAGGCAUUUAAAAAAAAAAAAAGAAAAUAGGAAAGGGAAAAAACACUUCAGCUAUCACGCGAACGUCGAAGAACAAUGAGUACUUUAUGUUUCUUCUUUACACGAACGUCCGACAUCGUCGAUGUUUCUCCAAAAAAAGAUGACUCUCACACGCGCAACUCUCAUCACCGGAAACAUCCAUCCAUCUUCGCCACACUGUUCUUCGUACCCGGCUCGCAAUCCUGUUCGCGUAGCGAGGACACCGUGUAGAAAUCGACAGGACAUCAACGAGACGUCUGUUGACGCGGGCAUCGAGUCGAGGGAUCGUCAACCGCAGGAAAGGUCACAUUUAACCGAGUUCGCGCUGAGCAACGGGACUUGAAGACUAAAACAAGACACACGUGCACGCUUAUAUAGGAUGGGAUCCGCGUCGACGAUGGAUGAUAGGUAGCACAAUUCUACGCGGCGUAUUCCUACGAGAGCGAAAUCACACAAGCAGAAGAAGAGGAAGAGAAGUCGAUACAGAGUCGGAGAGCAGAGUCUCUCAGACGAGCGCGAGAGAGACGGAGGAAAGACCAGAAAAAGGGAAAAAGACAGGACAGAGGAAAAUAAGGAAAGAGGAGCGUCUAACGCGUAACAGCUACGCGAUUCGCACAGCAUAUCGGACUUUCCACGACGGAAAACAAACAAAUCAGACAAAAAAAGAGAGAAAAAGAAGGAGCAAGACACAGAGCUAGCGAGACAGGGAGCCGAAGGAGCGGCCCAGCAGGGCCGCUCAGGAGCAGGCUCUCUCGUCCUCGUUGACCGAUCAAUCGCAAGUCAGGACCAGUCGUCAACGCGACGCAGAGCGCGGACGCGCCCACCCGCACGUCCGGCCGAGUCAAAAAGAGAAAGUAUAAACGAGACACUGGCACAGAGUUCCUCCGCAACUGGCCGACAUUCUCUCCCCGUCUGGACGACGGUGACGGACCGCGAGGAGCGAAGAUCGCGCGAGGUCGAGGCGGCGCCCCGUGCACGACUUUGACAGGACAAUUCGCGAGCGGAACGCGUCGCCUCUCGACCAAGAGAAUCGCCGGACCUCGUUGCGACCGCUCGUCUCCGGGAAUCCGCGCGCCUGUCGCGGGAGAGACACGCUGUACACAGAGUAGCGCGCAUACAAGGAUAGCUACAGGCUUACACACAUAGAGAGGGGAGAGAGACGGAGAAAACCGGCGCUUCUCGACCAAUAUUACUACUAUUACUACUACUACUACUAUUACUACUACUACUACUACUACUACUACUACUACUACUACUACAACACGCAUUAUUCACCGGCAUUGAGAAAGAAAAAGAGAGAGAAAGAGCAAGAUAUUAUAUAUCGAUAUAUAUGAAAGAAAAUCUAUAUAUAUAUAUGUAUACAUGUAUAUAUAGAUAUAUAUAUGUAUAUGUAUACUACGGUAUGCAAGCAAGUCGAACAAUUGUUCAUCGAUCCCGCAUCACCGCGAUCGCGGUCGCGAGCACAAUAGUAAGGAGCUAAGAAUGGCAAUUCGCGUCCAGGGUCGCGCGACGCGACCCCUCCGGAACUCAAACAGGUUGCAGGAUACUUCUCGUAACUGAUGAUAGCGAUUAAUGAAUAAUAAUAAUGAUUAAUAAAUAGCGAUAUAAGGGACGAUUUAAGAGUAAUCUAACAUUGAUGCGCGUCGCGCGCUCCCCGUUCGAGGUGUAAAGCUGGGACGUGGAUCGCGCUCGCGUCUAAGUUUCUUUCUUUUGGGGGGUAACUGAGAGACAAAGUGUAAAGUAGCAGAGCCAGAAGUGGUAGAUUAUUUUGGGCUUUAGUAUUAGGAUUUCGAAAGCGAGAGAGAAAGAGAGAGAGAGAGAGAGAGAAAGAGACGUGGAGUAAGUACGAAUCGGGUGCAUAGGACGUGGUGGUAGGGCCGCCGGAAAAAAUUGCACAGGCAAUCGAAACGCUCGCUUCGGGUUCACUCGACCGGUCUCGUUCGCAGAUCGGCGAAUGUUAUGCUCGAAGGAGAGCCGUGACGAUGGAACGUCGAUUCGCCCCGAGAGCGUCUGGAUAGAGAUUGCGGAUUGAUAUCUCGAGAUCACUUGCACGUUAAUUCGGCAUCUUCCAAAGAACUGAGCUUCAUCAAGUAAAAACUGUUUGGCGACCACGAUAUCGAGCACGUUGAUUUCAGGCAAGAAUCAAAGUUCAGAGUUUGGGCAGCUCAGCGACGUCGCGCUUUUAUUAUCCUUCUUAUCCAGACACCUCGCGUCGCGACUUGGACGUUCGCAUUUUGGCAACCAAAUUGGAUCGACAUCCUUUCGGCGCACAAAACUGUUCUGGAACCGGACACGCGGCGGCAAUCGAAGGCCUUAUUGUACACAACUGGGCAUUGUUGUUACUGUGACGGGUUUAAGUGAUAUCGUUAAACAAAUGAUAUAUCAGAUAAGCUCUUAGGCGUGAUACCGGUUGAUAGGAACAGAGGAAGUAAGGGAGAGAGAGAAAGAGAGAUGAAUGAAUGAAGCAAGUGUGUGAGAGGAAUGAAUGAGAAAGAGAGAAGGAAGCUUAGCUAACGCCGAGGCAAGAAAUGAGAAGAUAUAAAGUAACUGUAAGCCGAGUUAGGGAACUAGAAUGAGAGGAAGUAGAGCGAAAUGGGUGAAGGAAUAGCAUUGACGACGGUGGGAGCCCGUUGAAGGGAGUCUCGGUGUAUUAUCUAUUAUUAUCUUAUUGUUGCCAAUGAUGGGCAUUAUGACGAAGAACCGCGCGGGUAUGUAACUUAUUCUCUACACUGCAUUUACCCUUCCCCCCUCCCCCCACCCCAGAACCCCGAGAAAUAUACCUAUGUAUACAUAGUUACGCAGCGCAUAUACACUAUACACCUGUUGUACAUAGAUAUAUAUUAUAUGUAAAGCUUAAACUUAUAUAUAAUUAACGUGAGAGAGGCGGAUUAUUAGAGUCGACGUGCCAGAUUAUGUGCAACCCGUAAAUAGCCGUUCGUCGAACGGGGCGAGUGAUGUGAGAGAGAUGGGGAAAGAAAGGCUGAGAGAAUGCGCGCGUGCGAGGAUAGCGAGAGAGUGCGUGUGUGUAUGAAAAACACAGUGAGUGUGAGAGAGAGAGAGAGAGAGUGUGUGUGUGCGUGUAAGAGUAAAAAAUGGAGCGCCAAUUAGCAAUUUUGUACGCAGCCUCGUCCGUCCAGGUGCGCCUCGUCUCACUUUGCUAUCCAACUUUUGCGACUGAUUAUAUACGCUAAGGGACGAUUACAUUACAAAACUGAUCGCACGGUGGGAAACGAUCUCGACUCGUGAUUCACAAUUCGGCAAACGCGACUCGCAAACUGCGACUGUUCCACAUUCGAAUCCAAUCCUCCGCGCGCUUGUGAUCGCGAGAUUGUAAUCAGUAAUCGAUCAGUUUAGCAUUAUUACAAAAAUAAUGCAGAAUUAACCUACGAUGCGACGAAUCACCGAGAAACAAAAGAGGGGAAAGAAAAAAAAACAGAACGACAAAACAGACACAUUUUCCUGGGGACGAGUCGAUCAAGAUCCACCGUGCCGUCAGGCUCGAUUCAAGGCACGAUCGAUCCAUCGAUCGUUCCUCGCGAUAGUAACACUAUCACACGUAAGGCUGCUCCCACACUGCCAACACGCCGGGACGAGGCGGCCUAUCGGACGCUGCCGGCGCGACGUUUAUAACAAUGAGUGUCGAGACGAGAUUAAUAAUACUAAAACCCAAAAUAGCCGUUUCCGGGAGGGAGAUCGAAAGAAAAGGCGCGCACGGAGCAGGCGCUUCACGCGUCGACGCAGAUGCAAGCGAAUUUCCCCAUUUUGUUUCGUUCACGCGCUCCGUGGCCGCGCGACCGAGGGAUAGAUAGUUGUUGAAGAGAAGGAAUUCGCGUAAUACACAUUCGCUACCUCAUAAGUUUUACAAGAUUUCUACGAAAUUGGGCGAGAACAGAGCAGUAGAAACGACACGUGAGACAACAACAAAACAACAAAAAAAAAAAGAACGAGAAAAAAGCGAGAAAUGCUGCCAGGCGCACAAAAAAAAGCAAGAAAGAAAGAAAGAACGAAAGAAGAAGAAGAAAAAAAGAAAUAAGAAGAGAAGAAUAAUUGUUCGCGUUUUCCUUCCGUAUUUUUAGUCUUGGUUUUCUUAUCUCUGUAUUUCGUAUUUUCUUUUUGUUUGUCCACUCGUUUUGCACCGAGCGAGAAAGUAGUAAUUAGCUCCUAGGGCAGAGAACGCUCGAGCGAUCGGCGGAAGGACACAACUCCUUUCGGGACACGAUUCGGUCACCACGGAGACUCUUGUUUCUUCGCUCACGCGUUACGUUCCGUCUAUAGUUUAUCCUUUUUGUUUUUCCGUUGGUUUUACACACUUUCGUGGGUGACACUUGUUCGUGUUAUUUGUUUCCUGCCCCCACCCACUCAUAGUUCGCGAAUGUCGUGCUGUUUAUCGAGCCAGUUUGUUGCUCGCUCGCUACUCCGCGAGAGUAGCAGCGACUUUCUGUUGUCGAAGAUCCGAUCAAUCA